AUGACAACCACCACCACUGCUAGUAAUAGUAGCAAUAGACCCAAGCGAAAGGCAGCCACGAACAAAUCCUACUACGACUCGGCAGAUGUGCUUCUGGAAGACUACUCGGCGUAUUUGUCGUCCAACUCAAGCAGCUCCAGCUUGAGCUCCACGCCGCUCCCGAGAGAGCCAAAGACAAAGAAACCAAAAAUCCGAGCAUCCGCUGCAAGUUCGGCGAAGGAGAAUAAUGGCACCAGCAGCAAGAAGAACGAUGCUCGAGCAAUCCCUGCUUCGCAGAUGAACUGGCAGCCGGCCCCUAAGCCAGAAGACUACUUUUCCAAUCGACUAAAUCUAGCAGACGCUUACAUAGACUUGAAGGAGCACGUUUUAUACUGCCCUCACCAUGUUGUGCAGCACCCCUCGAACUCGGGAAACAAGAGGCAGAAGGAGCAAGUGUUUACCUUGCGCAAGGAUCAGUGCAUUUACAUGGUCAGCGAACCGGCGGGCGACCCUUACUUCAUAGGCCGGAUAAAAGGCUUUGCAAAGCGAAAGAAUGAGCAGUUCGAACAAGUACCAAACUCAGCGCAAGACGAGCGGUUUGUUUCUGCUCAAGGAUACGAGUUUCUGAUCCAGUGGUUUUUCCGGCCCAGGGACGUGACGAGGACUUCUUCAGAUUCGAGACUUUUGUACGCUACAAUGCACUCCGACACUUGCCCGUUGCAUAGUUUCCGUGGCACAGUCACAGUGGAGUUGAAGCAAGACAUUGAAGAUGCCCACGCAACACGACGAGAGCUGGAAAAACCGAGACUCAAGAAACUGCAUCAGCAGCAGAUCAAACUGGAGUCUCCGUCUUCGGCAGAGCUUGCGGCUCUUGACGCCUACACACGCGAACCAAACCGCUUCUAUUUCGACCGGUUAUACGAUAGAUUCUUGAUUAGAUACUAUGACGUUCUCCUGACCAACAACUUAUUGCAAUAUGCUCAAAACGAAGAAAACACAUCGCGGAAUUUCUUGACUGCACUAAACAAGAGGUUCAAGUAUAUAUUCUGUGAGCCUCAAAAGACAAAGGCCUUGGUGAACUCGCUCAAGGCAAACACCUGCAACUGUGCCAUAUGCGGGCUCUGGUGCGACACGGCGGACUCGGUUAAUUGUGCCGAGUGCCAGUCGUAUUUCCACAUGACCUGCUUGGACCCGCCACUUUUAAAGAAACCAAGUCGUGGCUUUUCAUGGUCAUGUGCGGCCUGUGCCAAGAAACAGGAGAUUGAAUACCACCGAAAGAAAAUCCCCAUGUUGCUGCACGAUAACAAGUCGUCAAACCAGAUGAAACUAACAGAAGAACUUCUGGAACUCCAUUCCACGGGGGCAAACGAAAGCUCCCAAGAAGAUGCUAGCUUGGAAGGCAUGAUUGCAAAUGCAAAUGUUUUGCCCAACUAUGAAUUGAAGGCUAUUGAGUUUUUGGAAAACGAUGCCGACAAGACGAUCGAGGAGCGAAGAAACGAAGAAGAGUGGUGCAUGCGGUAUCUCGGCUUGAACGCGAAAUUAGAGGAAGUCGUGGACUUGGAUGAGAAAGUACCUUAUCCGAGAGCUUCCACUAGAAUUGGUGCUCGGCAUCAAGUAGUUUACAUUCCCGAGUGCAAUGGUCAUCCGAUUGUUUACUACGACAUUGAAAAGUCGCUGAUGAAAAAAAAAUCGAGUCCCACCAAGUCCAAGCCAAAGGUGAAAAUCGAAGAGAGCGAUAAGUUGAGCAUACCAGAGGAAUUCAUUGGCGUGGAACCAGACCAGUAUCCGCUGUGGCUCCAGCCUCGACCAAAAGGUUACGUUGAACGAGGUGUCGACGAUGGCAAUGGUCAAACUUGCGCCUUGCUAUGGAAGAGCCCGCGAUUUGAUCUACAAAAUGACUUUAUAGAGUUGGACGCAUUUGUGGAGUCGUGUGCUCCAGUGGCAAAGUCCUUGGGCUUAUCUCCCAACUCCCCCAACUUUAUUGAUGCAGUGCUUGCGCUGUACCUCAAACACAAUGGCGACAGGGCUCUUGCCUAUGAUGAAGUUCUGCAUCUUACCAAGAAGAAGCUUCACGAACCUGUGUUCACCAAGGAAGAGAUACGAAGAUUCGAGGCGGGGGUCAAGGAGUUUGGCAGUGAGCUACACCAUGUUCAACAAAAAGUCAAGACUCAGCCCAUAGGACAAAUUGUUCGGUUCUACUACCUUUGGAAGAAGACACCCAAUGGCCGAAACAUAUGGGGAAACUUUGAAGGAAGAAGCCACAAGAAAGUGCAGAAUGUUGUGAAAGAAGACCCGACAAAGGACUCCAAGCACCCCACAAUUCUUGACGAGUUGGCGGACCCGAAUGAUGACUCCUCAUACGAGGGAAGCAAGAUUGACAUGAGCCAAGCUGAGUUCAGCUGCAAACACUGCUCGACCACGGAGUCGUUGCAGUGGUUCAGGAUUGCGGGACACGACGCUAAGCAGUUAGAGUCCAACCCUGUUGUGUUGGCCCUUUGUUUCCGAUGUGCGAGAUUGUGGCGUCGGUACGGGGUAGUUUGGGAAAAUCCCAACGAUGUGUUACGCGGCGCUAGCAAGUCUAGCGGUUCAAAGAAGCGUGUUGAGUGGGAGCUCUUGCAAGAUGCACACGCCAUUUUGGACAAGAUGCAUUCGUAUAAUGAAAUGGAUGUUCAUUUUGAGAAGGAGAAAUCGAAAAGCUCACCGAGUCUCACCGACUCGCCCCGGCCCGAAAGUAAGGCUUCUUCAAGGAGAAAAACAGCAACAGCAGCAACAAAUGCAGCAGCAGCAUCACCAUCAUCGACAACAUCAUUAUCUUCAUCAUCAAAUUCAACAACAACAACAACUUUGGCAAUGUCGAAAGCAGGUGACAGACUUGGUGGUAAAAUACCUGUUGCAAAGCCGGCUGCGGUUGCUGCGCCAAAUAUCCCAUCACCGAAAGCUCGCAUCGACGAAGUCAUUGCAAAGGAAUUGGGAGAGAAAGUGAAAAAGAUGCUCUUCAACUUCAAAUAUGAAGCGCCAGCUUUGAAAUAUGACGACGAUCAGCAAAGCUUCCAAUCCAGGGUUGAGGCGUUUAGAAACUAUCAACUAAGCAAUGCCGAGGCCGUGCUUCAAGUCCCCAACGAAACCACAAUCGCGGGAAUUGAAGUUCCGUUCCUGCCGCACGAGAGGAAAUGCUGCAUGUGCCGAGAACACGAUACAAACAAGACGUCGCUCCAGGAAAUGUUGAUCUGUGCAUGUUGUGGAGUCAAUGUGCACGCCUCGUGCGCGGGGUACCAUUUGCCUGAAAAAUUGAGCAAGCCAGUCAAAGAAUGGUUAUGCGAGCCUUGUGUCAACGAUUUGAAGCCGGUGAAUUCUGCGAUUUAUACCUGCUGUUUAUGUCUUGCCCAUGAAACAAACUUUGAGUUGGCGAUCUUUGGAUCGCAUCAGGUGCGGCCCGAUUUUUUGAAAUCCACGCUGGAAGGGAACUGGUGCCAUCUUCUUUGCGCCUUGUUUAGUCGCGUCAGCACGGUAUUUCAAAAGGCCUAUGGUAACCUCAAAUAUAGCCUGAUUGCCAUUGGUGAUGUGGCCAAGGUAUUCUUGCGCAAUCAUCAGAAAAAGUGCUCAAUCUGCAACACCGCCAAUGGUGCCCUCGUCGAGUGCGAAUUGUGUUUGGAAAAUCACUUUUACCACCCAACUUGCGCCCAGGACACUCCAAACUAUAAAUUGGGGUUUUCGAUUAUCCCGCGAACAAGGGCCGCUAAUACUGUCAUUGUCAAUGGGAAAUCUGGCGAGCUAAAGCCGAUUUUGGUUUGCCCCAAGCAUGACCAGUCGGAGGACACUAUUCUCAAUUUGCGCACACUUGGCACUAGAGCUAAUAGCCGCGGCGAUACGGAAAGCAAGCCGUUGGUGCAACUAUACCUAGAGGAAACGGUGAAGCAAAACCACAAGCUGAAAUGCACCAGCGGUCCUCGUGCUCGCUCAAGGGAGUACAUUGAAAACAGAAGCUUUUUUUUCAAUAGGUCGGACACCUCGUGCGAGAAUGGAACUAGCAAAGCUGGACUGGAACCAUCAUCGACAUCCUGCAGCGUUUGUGCCACUACAACCUCUCCCAUCUGGUGGCCGGGGUCUUUAUGCCAAUCGUGUCACCACCAUUCCCAGGACGAAGUGGUCGCGGACAACCACGAGCAAUCGAGCACCUCGCUUCGCGCCGUGUUGGAAACACCAAUCGAUGGCUCCAACUAUGGUAUCAAGAACCCGCAAGACUCGUUGAAGAACGUUUACAAGCCAAAUAUCUUGACCGAGGCGAUGAUUCUGACCCCACCCGAGCUUGUGCGGUCAAAGAUUUCGUUGGGGGAUAUUUUAGACUAG